CAGCUGACUUUAGACGCCAUUUUGUCAGCCAUUUCCUACACUGAUCCAUUGCCAGCGUCUCUGCACACCUCAGGACGCACCGUCCGGCCUCAGCAGCUUCACCUACCCACCCGGGCUCUGUAGACUGUAGCGGACCGCCAACUCUACUGUACCCGGGUGGAUGAGAGACUAGUCCAGCGGGUCUGUCGGUCGGUCGGCACCCAGAAGGACACUCUCUGCAAGAGAGAAGCGGCACAAGUCACAGGCAGACAUGGCUUUGAAGAUUGUCAAAGGGAGCAUCGAUCGGAUGUUCGAUAAAAAUCUCCAGGAUUUAGUACGUGGCAUUAGGAACCACAAAGAAGAUGAGGCCAAAUACAUCUCCACAUGCAUCGAUGAGAUCAAACAGGAGCUCAAGCAAGACAACAUUGCUGUCAAAGCCAAUGCUGUGUGCAAGCUCACCUACCUUCAGAUGCUGGGCUACGAUGUCAGCUGGGCUGCUUUCAACAUUGUUGAAGUCAUGAGCUCCUCUAAGUUCACAUACAAGAGGAUUGGUUACUUGGCAGCCUCGCAGUGCUUUCACGAGAGCACGGAUGUCAUCAUGCUGACGACCAAUCAGAUCCGAAAGGAUCUCAGUAGUCCCAACCAGUAUGACACAGGUGUAGCUCUAACAGGCCUGUCUUGUUUUGUUACCCCGGAUUUGGCGCGUGAUCUUGCCAAUGACAUCAUGACGCUGAUGUCCCACACUAAACCCUACAUCAGGAAGAAAGCUGUGCUGAUCAUGUAUAAGGUGUUUUUAAAGUACCCAGAAUCUCUACGCCCUGCAUUCCCAAGACUCAAGGAGAAACUGGAGGACCCAGAUCCAGGAGUCCAGUCAGCAGCGGUUAAUGUCAUUUGUGAGCUGGCAAGGAGGAACCCCAAGAACUACCUGUCCCUUGCCCCGCUGUUCUUCAAGCUUAUGACCUCUUCUACCAAUAAUUGGGUUCUCAUUAAGAUCAUCAAACUGUUUGGUGCGCUCACACCUCUGGAGCCAAGGUUGGGGAAAAAGCUGAUUGAACCUCUGACGAACCUAAUCCACAGCACCUCUGCCAUGUCUCUACUGUAUGAGUGUGUCAACACUGUAAUUGCAGUGUUGAUUUCUUUGUCCUCUGGGAUGCCCAACCACAGCGCUAGUAUCCAGCUCUGUGUGCAGAAACUGCGAAUCCUGAUAGAAGACUCGGACCAGAACUUGAAGUACUUGGGCUUGCUGGCCAUGUCAAAGAUCCUGAAGACCCACCCCAAGUCGGUGCAGUCUCAUAAGGACCUCAUCCUGCAGUGUCUGGACGACAAAGAUGAAUCCAUUCGCCUCAGGGCUCUGGACCUGCUCUAUGGCAUGGUCUCUAAGAAGAACUUGAUGGAGAUUGUGAAGAAGCUGAUGCUGCAUGUGGACAAAGCUGAAGGAACCACUUACAGGGAUGAACUGCUCACCAAGAUCAUCGAUAUUUGCAGCCAGAGCAACUACCAGUACAUCACCAACUUUGAAUGGUACAUCAGUAUCCUAGUGGAGCUGACCCGAUUAGAGGGCACACGGCACGGCCACCUCAUUGCCUCUCAGAUGUUGGAUGUUGCCAUUCGGGUCAAAGCCAUCCGAGCAUUCGCUGUCGCUCAGAUGGCCACUUUGCUGGACAACGCCCACCUUUUGACAGGCAACACGCAGCGGAACGGCAUCUGCGAAGUGCUGUAUGCUGCAGCCUGGAUCUGCGGCGAGUUCUCAGAACACCUAGAGAACCCGAUCCAGACAUUAGAGGCCAUGCUGCGGCCCAAGGUGGCCACCCUGCCAGGCCACAUCCAGGCCGUUUAUGUACAGAACGCAGCCAAGCUGUUUGCCACAGUGCUGAAGGGCCAGGAGGGCAACACAGACAGCACAGCUGCACAGGACGCCAGCCAGCUAUUUAUAGACAGGCUGCCGCUGUUUGUGCAGAGCGCCAACCUCGAAGUCCAGGAGAGGGCGUCCUGCAUCCUGCAGCUGGUGAAGUACGUCCAAAAACUUCAACAGAAAGAUGUGGAAGUGGCAGAGGAAGUCAGUGCGCUGUUUGCUGGAGAGCUCAACCCUGUCGCCCCGAAAGCACAGAAGAAAGUACCUGUUCCUGAAGGCCUCGACCUGGAUGCCUGGAUCAAUGAGCCGCCAUCUGAAAGCGAGUCUGAGGACGAGCAGCCCAAGGCAAUUUUCGCAAAGGAGGAGCCAAAACAUUCCCGACCGCGCCACACGGAGGUGGAUGAGAAAGAGCUUGCAAGGAGGAGAGAAGCCAGAAAGCAGGAGCAAGCCAACAAUCCUUUCUACAUCAAGGCUUCCCCAUCCUCUCAAAAGGUGUACCAAGAUGCUCCUGGAGUGGAACACAUUCCAGUUGUGCAGAUUGACCUCAAUGUGCCUCUCAAAGUCCCAGGUCUGCCUAUGUCUGACCAGUAUGUGAAACUGGAGGAAGAGCGCCGUCAGAAAGAGAGAGCAGAGAAGAAGAAGAAGGAAAAGAAGAAGAGGAAAGAAAAACGCAGCGGACGAGGGAAGAAACAUGAUUCGGGUCCGGAGAGCGAAGAGGACAUCGCUCCAGCACACAUGGUGGACAUUGUUACAGAGGAGAUGCCAGAGAAUGCCUUACCCAGUGAUGAUGAUGAAAGAGACCCCAGUGACCCCCACAAAGCUCUGGACAUCGACCUGGACAAGCCGCUUGCAGACAACGAGAAGCUACCAGUCAGAUCACACCGUGCACCUGAGGCCCAGAAAAGCCCAACAGAUGGAGAAACCGAAAAUGCAACUUUGCAGGAACCCAAGAAGAAGAGCAGCAAAGAAAAGAGGGGGAAGAAGAAAGAUAAAGACCGAGAUCGGAAGAAGAGCAAAGAAGAGAAAAAGAAGAAAAAGCACAAACAUGAAGACAAGGAGGAGGAUCUUCUUGGGGGUCAGGCUGAGGAACCUGUGCUCCAAUCAGAAGAAACAAGUCAAGUGGCAGCACCUUCUACAUCUACCACUGCAGAGGUUUCGGACCUGGAUUUCUGGCUCUCAAACGCUCCAGUGCCCUCUAACACCCAGGAAGCAGCAACAGUAGCAGCAGCCCCAGAGCCCUCUGUCACAGCACCCGACUCUGAGCCUGAAGAACCCAAAGACACAGAAAUGGAGGAGAUGAAGUCCUCAAAACACAAGAAGAAGAAACAGAAAAAGGAAAAGGAGGAGAAGGAGAAGGAGAAAAAAAAGAAGAAGCAUCACAAGCAUCACCACCAUAGCGACGGAGGUGGAAAAGAGUCUGUUCAGAACGGCACCGUUGAGGAAGAGGAGCCUCUCCCGCCAAUGUCCAAUUACUGCCUGCUGGCUGAGAACUCCUACAUCAAGAUGGUGUAUGACAUCCAGGGGAACCUGCAAGAUGGCAGCCAGGUGGUUGUGUCUGUUAUAUUUGAAAACAAGUGCAACAGCUUCCUCAAAUCCAUGGAGUUCAACGUCUUGGACUCUCUGAACUCCAAACUGCAGAGGCCAGAAGGCUCAGGUCCGCACGAUGGCCUCGUCGUCCCCUUUCAGCUUCCUCCAGGAGUGUCCAACGAGGCACGAUUUGUCUUCACUGUGCAAAGCAUCGUAAUGCCACAGAAACUGAAGGGAACUCUAACCUUCAUUGUUAAGAAUGAAGACGACUCUACUCACGAGAAACUGGACUUUAAACUGCACUUUACCUGCACCUCCUACCUUAUCACUACUCCUUGUUACAGCGACGCUUUCGCCAAACUGUUGGAAUCGGGAGACCUGCAGAGCAGCUCAGUCCGGCUGGAGGGAGUUAACAUGCCCUUCCACCAUCUUCUGGCCAGGAUCUGCUUUCACCACCAUUUCUCAGUUGUGGAGAGGAUCGACUCCUGUGCCUCCAUGUACAGCAGGUCCAUCCAGGGUCACCACGUUUGUCUGCUGGUCAAAACUUCUGGCCAGACGGUGUCCAUUGAUGCAAAAUGUGACGAGCCGACACUGCUUGGGAAUGUGCUGGAUGAGAUCAAGCAGACCUUCUCUCAGUGCUGAUUGUUUCUGACGGCCCCAGGGUGCCCCCGACCCCUCCAUGCCACCCACUCCCUCAUUAAAGCAACACAAUCACAUUACGAAACACUGCGGCUGGCACCUCCAGCUUCACUCUAUUUAUUAGUCCUCAGAUUUUCAAGGUUUCUUUCUCGUCACCUCCACUCUGGCGCACCCACACUUUGAUUCUUUUCUCCACUCUUAGCUCUGUGGUCACUCACUUGUGUUCUGAGUUGUUUUACAGACUCACUGUCUACUUGCUACGUCUUCUCUGCUUUGCACUUUUAUUUUUACUUCUGUUCUCCAGCUCCUCCUUACACUGGAUUGCCUCAUGUCCUCUGCUCUCCCUGGCCUUACCCCCUCCGCCCUCCUGCUCUGCUGGCGGUUCAUUCUGUGAAAGUCGUGUAAUGUAUCAACUGGAUGUUUGCUGUUGAUGGUUGAAUUGUACUUUUACUGUUUGAGGUUUUAUGUUUUAGUCAGUAGUUUGUUUUUGUUUGACCUAUGGGUUUCUUUUCGUUCUCUUUUGUUUGAAGCCUGUCUGCGCCUUUGUCUCAGCUCCUUACUUUCUGCCUACUGAACAUCAGUGCAGCUCUGCUCUGUGGGCCUGGAGAACAGUGUGACUGACUUUUUUUUUUGUUUGUUUGUUUGUUUCUUUCGGAGCCCUGGCUGGAAAAACUGUAGUACUCUUACUUGGUCCCUCACCUGGUGUGUGAAGACUAAACAUUUGGGCAGCUGCAUUGACGAUAGAGCAAAGAUGAAACCAAAGCUAAAAAACACUAAAAGGCAGGGGGUUUAAAGGUUUAAUAAAAAGCUUUGUCCCUAGUUUCUUAUUGGCAAUGGUCAAAUGAUGUGGUGGCAUUUAAAAAAAUGAAACUUAGUGGUUCAGUGAUUUUUGCUCUGUGCCUUUUCUCCUACAGUCUAUUCAAGCUCCUCAGAAGAAUUUACAUAUCAUUCCUUCCAUAAAUAAAAUAGAAAAAAAAUUGUUUGCGUAGAGUAUAACUAUUCAUCAGGAAGGAGUAUUCUCUGCUAGCAGAUGCCGUUUAGGCUUCCUGUGGUCCAGUAUUAGUUGAUCUCCACCACGAGGAGGCACCUGCUCUGUCUUGCGUUCUUUUCAAAUAUUUCCGCCUGUGCCACUUGAACGUUUGCAUCACGGUUGUUCCACCCAUGUCAGCCGGCACCCAGGUGACAUCCCUGAUGUUUCCCUUGCAUCUUUUCAUUUGCUGUUCAUGUCAUUUAGAAGCAUGAGUUUGUUUGUUUUUUCCCUGCCCCUAAAGACGAAUUUAUCUCCUCUUAGAAAUCUUUCUUGAGUUGUUCUGUUUGAGUCAUUUCUUUUUUGACUGCUUACCCUGUUUAGCAAGAUUAAAAUUAGUCUGUUCAUAUAUGUAGUGGUAAGGCUCCUCCUUUGCAUCAGUCUGCUGUUGUAGAUAAUUAUAAUGAUGUCUGUGACCAACAGGUCAGGUCAGCCAUUCCACUUGAUAUUCAGUCUAGUUUGUAGAGUCUUAAUACAGAGGUGAUCCUUCAUUUUUCAGGAAUGUUAACGGGAAACGAUCAUGUAUGUAUUCCAUGUUCCCGAAAGCAGCCUCAGUGAAUCCAAUAACACCCGUCUCAUCAUUCAUUAUUACGAUCAUUGUUUGCAUAAUAUUAGAUUAAAAUGUGUAUAUUGCAUGAGUAGGAAUGUAUUUUUUUAUUUUUUUGUUCUAUCACAGGACAUGCUUACGCAAACAAAAAAUAUUCUUUCCAUACUGUCCUUUAUUUUUGUUUUUUUCUUUCCUCUAAAAAUAUUUUUUGUUUUCUUGAUCAUCUUCUAUUUUCAAUAGUAUUGUGUUUUUACCUGUUCAGAUGUGAUAUCACUGAAUGUUUUAAAUUAUUAAACACAAGGGAAGGAAGGGUUUGGUGUCAUCACACCAAGGGCACGGGGCUCAGAAGAACAGUUUAGACAUUCACCUGAAGCAGUGUACUGAGAAGCAACCCACUGUCUUAAUUCUCCCUUUGUUGAGUUCAUUGUGAGGUCUUCUACCAUGUUUGGCUUGUGACAUUGAAAUAUACUCUCAAAUGAAAGAUUUUCAAUCGUUAUUUUUUUUUUCUCUUAUCCAUAUUCAGUUAUCAAGCAUUGUACAUUGUCAUGAUGUCAAGAGGACGACAUAAAUUAUAUACUCUCCCUUUAAAGAAAGUCCACCAAAAUUAGAAAUAACUUCUGGGAGAAGCUUCUGUAGUCUUUUUGUGUUACAAAAAAAUAAAUCAAUAAAAACUUGCAUAUUCCAAAA